AAAACAAAACAAAAAACAAACAGAUGAGUAAGCACCCUGUGUGCCGCUCCAUUUCCAAGAAAACAUGAUGUGAAACUGCAGCAGGUUCCCACAUUUCUGUACUAUAAGGGCCACACCCAUACACUGCCCACUUCUGGAAGAAGGCAGAAGAAAGGAGAGCAGCAGCCCAGGUCCAGAGGGGGUAAGUGAAUAAUCACUUUUCAUUGCAUGUUACUUUAGAGCAUGAAGCACCACAGGUGAUCUUGAAAUAUCUCCGGGUGCAAACCCGGUCUGCAUCAGGCUCCUGAGGCUGACGUUCUAGAAACGACCAGGCUUGUCCCACCUUUUAUGAGACCUGUGCGUUUCUAGUUUUGAUGCUCUGAUCGGAUCUACUGGAGUAAGAACUCUUGAGCUGGGCUCCGCACAACGCAGAGAUGAAAGCGUUUUGUCAGUGGCCUGCUGAGGCCAUCUUGGGAUAUCCAGCCUCGUUCUUCAGAUGAUUUCCCAGGAUUGAACUCCCCAGGUCAGAGCACACGCACAUCUGUCUCUGGGGCAGUGGUGCUACUAGCAUGUGUUCUGGAAGGAAUUACCAUUUGAGGAUUCUGCUUAAGCAAGUUUCCCUGCAGUUUCCCUAGCUUUGAGUUUUUUCACUUUUCCUUAAUUUUAGUUUUAAUGGUACCUCAUUGAGGUUUGAUUUUUGCCAUCAUUAGCAUAGUUCCACUAACCUCUCUGCACUGCAGCCUCUCUGUUCCUUAAACUGUCAUCUGCUGCCCUGGGGCCUUUGCACAUGUCCCUCCAUCCACUUGGAGUGGGCCGCCUCCUCUGGGAAGCCCUCCUGCUGCUCUCAGCCUAGGACAGGCUCUGGCAUUAGGGGCCCCCUGGAACAGGCACGAAUGUGUAGCUACAAAGCUUAUCCUUUAAAUGUGAACUUGUCUUCAUUCAGUUGGUCCCUGAUGACUGGGUGGGUGAUGAUGACAUAACUAUUGUCCGAGGGUCGUCUCAGGAGUCUGGGCCACUCAGCCAAGACCACUCCCCUGGUGUGCCUCCAGGCCAGGGGACUUCCUGGAGGAAGCGGACUGCGGGCCUGGGAGGCUGGACAAGGACUUAGGACCCUGGGGGUGGCCAGAGCUUUUGUACCCUCCUCCCUGGGGAGCAUGUGGCAGAGAGGGGGGAAGCCUCCCUCUCCUCUGCCAGCCUGGGCGUGGGCGUCCAGUUCUGAAGGACACGUGACCGAGUGGAGAUGGAAAAAGAAGGCCACGCAGCAUGGGCUAGGCCUUUGCACCCUUGAUGCCACAACAUGUGGCAAAGAGGAUCAAAGCCCAUUCUAGAGACGGGCAAGAUGUGGCCCAGGGAGGGGCAGGGGACAGCCGCAGGCUCAGCCUCUGUCCCCUCCCUGGCCCUUAGUGAUGACUACCUGUCCCUGGAGGGGCCCCACUGGAUGCCAGCCAUCAAGCAGGCAACACGUUGGAAGUACACGCCCAUGGGACGAGACACAGCCGGCCAGCUGUGGUACACUGGCCUAACCAACUCAGACUCCCGUGAAGCCUGGUACACGCUCCCACGGGCCCUGGACAACCCCUACCGCGAGGCUUACUCCCACUGGCACGGAUGCUACAGCCACCGGGAGCGGGGCAUUCCCUCGGCCUACACCCAGCACCUUCGGGAGACCGCCUGGUACGACCCCAUCAUGCCUGCCCAGUACAAGGCCCCCAGCACGCGGUGGGGGACCAUGCUAUGGAAAGACAGACCCAUCUGGGGCAAGGAAUAUGUGGUCGACAGGCACCGACACGGGGUGGAGCCACGGGGGCGGGUGUCCAACCAUGUGCCCUACCUGUCGGCGCAGCAGCGUCCACGCUACACGGCCCAGAACUACCGGCAGUGGGACCUGGAACCCUACUGCCCAUCCACUGGCCAGCAGCCCCCACCUGUCCACACUCCCACUCUCUGAUAAAGACCUUCCCCCUGCGGGGACACUGCGCCUCUC